AUGUCCCACGACGACUUCGAGGACAACUGCUCGCACCACGACCCGGUCAACGACUGCUUCGUCUACAACGCGGGCGAUUCCGACGACUGUUACCUCGACCUCCACUCGAACCACGGUGCGGACGACCACUGUAUCGUCAACGCCCCGAACUACUUCGACAACCUCCGCGCUGACGACGACGUCAACUACACUUUCCACUGCAACUACCGCAACUUGCCGCACCGACAGCGGCCAGUCAGCUCAACCAGUACGACCACAACGAGCGUUGUGUCGACGCCUUCUCCUAUUUCCUCGUCCAAUCCCGUCGAGAACGUGCCAUCCUCUGGGCGUUCCUUCACUCUCAACGCAUUCAGCAAUAACGGCGUCGACAUUGGCUCUGGCGCAAUCUCCGGUCAAAGCUCCCCGCGAGAGUUCACUUUCAACCCACAAAAUGUCGCCUCGAGCUUGAAGAUGGAUUCCUCAAAUCGCUUGGUCGAUGAGGGCAGUGGCUUGAUCGCGAAUGUGCAAACCACAUUCAGUCGAAAGAGAGCGAACCCAAGCGUGUCACAAAUUUUCUUCUCCUCGUUGCAGACGAUAGCAUCAAGCAACGCUGCAGCAUGCGUUUGCGAGGUCACCCGACAGCUUGGUGUCGAUGUGUUCAGCUGCAGCUGCAACGGCCUCAAAGGUCUUGUGCUGGGUCCGAAUGGCGAAUUGGGCGUGGGAGAAGGCACAGGCUUUUCUGCAUUUCAAGCACGCCCAGCGUUUCGCGAGACUUCGGCAUCGACCGCUACCUCUAUUACGAGUCCUUCUCAGCAGACGACGACUUCCAACGGAGCCAGCACAUCCAAUGUAUCAUCAUCCACCAGCACCACUGCCGCUGCGAGGUCUUCUUCGUCCCCCUCUGCGGUCCUCACUGCCACCGGUUCCAGCUCCUCCACGACCUCCGCGGACGCUGUGGGAGCUGCUUCGCCCUCUUCCGCUACCUCUGGAGCAUCUACAAGCACGACCUCUGCGGCGUCAGUCACCACCACCACGAAUGCUCAAAGUAGUGCAUCGACGUCCUCGAGUAGCACUAGCACCAUCGAGAAUGUAGAGACGACAACAACCAUGUCGCAGAAUGCUGGUGACGUCGUUCCGUCAUGGACCGGCUCUGUAACGACCAGUAGCGCGACUCAAGACAGCGGUGUCAUCUCGUCCCUGACAACGACCGGCAAUGUGAAUCAAGACAGCGGUAGCACUUCUUCCUUGACGACGUCCAGCAGCACGGGCGAGCCCGAGUCCACAGCAACAACCGAGGAAUCAAGCACGACGUCUUCGACAGCUGCAGCGCUGUCGAGACCUAAGGUCCUCCAACGACAGUUGUGGCUCUUCAAUUACUGCGCUAAGCUUGACUACGAGCACGACAACUGCGGGACCUGCCAAGCUACUGCUCAGGUCCUGGAGCAGGUGGAUGCACAGACCUUCGUGAUGAUCGCAAUAAUUGCGGCAGCUGCGGCAAUGUUGUUCCAGAAGACCUAUAUACUUACGAGAGACCACCCAGUCUCCGUGUUAGCUAUUACUGCGACAUGGGCAAGAUAG